AUUGAAUUGAAUUCUAUAGCCAGACUGAUCUGUCAUAAAAAAGUAAUGUCAUCCUGUUGUUAAAUACCACUGACCGUACCCUUCGUCGUCUCAUCCUCCCUUUAGAAGAAGUAACAUCUAAGAAACCUUCGUGGUGGAACAAGGAGGAAGCUGAAACUUAUAAAAUGUGUAAAGAAUUCUCACACAAAAACUGGGUAGUGUUCUACAAAGAAAAAGGGAGCAGCCUGACUGUGCUGGAUGUUCUAGAAGGGCGAACUCAUACCAUCUCACUUCCCAUCAACCUCGAGACAGUUUUCCUCGUAGCAGAGGACAAAUGGCUUCUGGUAGAGAACAAAACAAAUCAGAAAUAUCUUUUAACUAAGCCUGCACACGUCGAAUCUGAGGGCAGUGGGGUUUGCCAGUUGUAUAUGUUGAAGGAGGAGCUGCCUAGCACAGGGUUUGGAGUUACACAAGAAACAGAGUUCAGCAUACCUCAUAAAAUUUCAAGUGAUCAACUAUCAUCUGAAAAUCUAAGUUCAGCUGUGGGGCAGAAGAUUGCCUCACCCAACCGAAUUCUCUCAGAUGAGAACAAUUAUGCAACAAUAGUUGUUGGUUUCCCAGAUCUCAUGUCACCCAGUGAAGUUUAUUCUUGGAAGAGACCAUCAUCUUUGCAUAAACCAAGUGUCACUGAUACGGCAUUCUAUGGAGGAAAGAAGAAAACUACAACUCCAAAACAGAGCAAUUGUGUAACUCUAUUAGAUAUUAAUCAGGUAGUCAGGAUUUUGCCCCCAGGAGAAGUCCCUCUAAAAGAUAUCUACCCAAAAGAUGUAACUCCUCCACAAACAUCUGGUUAUAUAGAAGUCACUGAUCUCCAAUCAAAAAAACUCCGAUAUAUCCCUAUUCCCAGAUCAGAAUCUCUCUCGCCAUAUACCACAUGGCUGUCUACCAUUUCAGACACAGAUGCACUGCUGGCUGAAUGGGGCAAAAGCGGUGUUGUUACUGUAGAUAUGGCAGGAUGCAUCAGGAUGUGGGAAACCGGACUUGAACGUCUUCAGCGAUCGCUCAUGGAAUGGAGAAACAUGAUUGGACAAGAUGACAGACAUAUGCAGGUACCACUUGAAUUUGCCCUACCUCUUGGAGGUGUGCAUUCAGUUUUCAGCACCAACUUUGCAUCUGUUCUCAUGUUUAUUAGCAUUGUUGUCAGCAUCUCUACAUGCUACCUAGGAAACAGAAACAUUGAGGAUCUAGAUACAGCACAUUAUUACAAGGCCCGAACCUAUAAACUAGAAAAG